AGUAAAUCCUGUCAGCCAACUUUAUUUAUGCGACUACUGUGACAGUGGAAGAUAAAGACAAGAGAGGGAGAGCGAGAGGGAAAGAGAGGGAGGGAGAGAGAGAGAGAGCAUGCACAGACCAGUCAAAGAGGGACCAGGCUUCCUUUAGAGCAUUUAGAAAGCCAGAGAAGAAAGAAGUAAAGGAAAGAAAAAGAAGAAGUAAGAAGAAGAAGGAGAAAAGAUUUCCUUCUCCCUUCCUGCCUGUCUGGCUGGAGGGGGAGCCUGGAUGGUGUGAUCUCCUCCACCAUGGGAUGCAGCCUCUGUACCCUGCAGAAGCCCAAGGAGCAAUACAAACUACUCUAUGAAGUCUGCCAGGUCAAUGGGAAAGAUCUGUCCAAGGCCACCCACGACCAGGCAGUGGAGGCUUUCCGCAUGGCCAAAGAGCCCAUCAUGGUGCAAGUGCUACGUCGUGCCCCGCGCCCCAAACCAGCCAGCUCUGCUUCUGAUGCCCCGUUGGUAGACAUCAGCACCCAGACCGACAUCACUUUUGAGCAGAUCAUGGCCCUCACCAAGCUGCCCGCUUCCGCCCCGACCAUGCUGGACUAUGAUCUGCUUCCCGAGGAGCAUUCUCCAGGGCAUGGAUAUUUUGACCCCGAUUUCCUGGAGGGCAUACAGCAGGACAUGGAGCGAGAGGAGCUGGAGUAUGAGGAGGUGGAUCUGUAUCGAGCCAAUAUCCAGGACAAGCUCGGCCUGACAGUCUGUUACAGGACUGACGAUGAGGAUGAAACCGGGAUCUAUGUUAGUGAGAUCGACCCAAACAGCAUCGCCGCAAAAGAUGGCAGAAUUAGAGAAGGGGACAGAAUCAUCCAGAUCAAUGGUGUUGAGAUCCAGAACCGUGAGGAUGCCGUAGCGUUGCUAACCAGUGAGGAGAACCAGAACAUUUGUCUGCUGGUGGCCAGACCAGAGAUCCAGUUGGACGAGGGCUGGAUGGAUGAUGACAGAAAUGAUUUCCUCGAUGAUCUACAUAUGGACAUGCUGGAGCAGCAACACCAUCAGGCAAUGCAGUUCACUGCCAGCAUGCUACAGCAGAAGAAGCGUGAGGAGGACGGUGGCACUACAGACACAGCCACACUGCUCUCCAAUCACCAUGAGAAGGACAGUGGAGUGGGACGCACUGACGAGAGCACGCGCAACGAUGAGAGCUCUGAGCAGGAGAACCUGGGGGAUGACCACACAGUGGCCUCCAACACACUCGGCAGCUGCAGAAAGCUAACAUACAGUCAGGACACCCUGGGCAGCACCGACCUGCCAUUCAACAGUGAGUCGUUCAUCUCGGCCGACUAUGCAGAUGCCGACUUCCUCGGUAUCCCAGCCGAUGAGUGCGAGCGCUUUCAAGAGCUGCUGGAGCUCAAGUGUCAAGUGAGGAACAGCGGGGGCCAGGGUCUGUACUGCCAGAGUAUUGCGGCCGGCGGCCAGGAGCAGGAUGGCCUGGACAGAGAGCUAGAGCUUCUGAAUGAGGAGCUGCGCUGCAUCGAGCUGGAGUGCCUAAAUAUUGUCCGUGCCCACAAGAUGCAGCAGCUGAGGGAGCAGUACCGCGAGUCAUGGAUGCUCCAUAACAGUGGCUUUCGCAACUACAAUACCAGUAUUGAUGCACGCCGUCACGAACUGUCCGACAUUACUGAGCUGCCGGAGAAAUCAGACAAGGACAGCUCCAGUGCAUACAACACCGGGGAGAGCUGUCGCAGCACCCCCCUCACCUCGGAGCUUUCUCCAGAUAACUCUCUGCGUCGUGGAGCAGAGAGCCAAAAUCAGGCUGGAGCUUCGGGUUCUACUCUCUCCAACAGCAGGGUCCUCAAACCUCUCUUGUCCCCCAUCCAGGAGGCCGCUGGCUCCAGCCGGACUAGGGCCUCAUCCAAGGAUCCAGAUGGAGGCUUGCAGGCAGAGGGAAAGGAGAGGAAACUGGGAGAGUCCAGUAACACGGGGCGAAGCUCUCUUCUGUCUCAGCCCCACUCCCCUUAUAAGCAUGCCCACAUCCCAGCCCAUGCACAGCACUAUCAGAGUUACAUGCAGCUGAUCCAGCAGAAGUCUGCUGUCGAGUAUGCCCAGAGCCAGAUCAGCCUGGUCAGCAUGUGUCGUGACCCUGUCACUCCCAGUGACCUAGAGCCCAAGAUGGAGUGGAAGGUGAAGAUCCGCAGCGAUGGGACACGCUACAUCACUAAGCGGCCCGUGCGGGACAAGCUGCUGAGGGAGCGUGCUAUGCGUAUCCGGGAGGAGCGCAGUGGCAUGACCACUGAUGAUGAUGCCAUCAGUGAGAUGAAAAUGGGCCGCUACUGGAGCAAGGAAGAAAGGAAACAGCAUGCUGUGCGCGCCAAGGAGCAGAGACAGCGUCGCGAAUUCAUGAAACAGAGCCGUGCUGACUGUCUGAAGGAGCAGGCCAACCAAGAGGACAAAAAGGAGGUCAACAUCAUUGAACUGAGCCACAAAAAGAUGAUGAAAAAGAGGAACAAGAAAAUAUUUGACAACUGGAUGACCAUUCAGGAACUGUUGACCCAUGGUACCAAGUCACCCGAAGGCACGAGAGUUUACAACUCACUCCUGUCUGUGACCACAGUCUAGUUGUACUUCUAGGGUUAGGUCUUAAUGGCAGCCAAGUUAGAGGGGCCUGCAGUGUAAGUACUGUACAUAGGACACUACCAAUUGAGGUAGAGAUUCCUGCCUCGUUCAAUGUGGCAACAUUUUGUACAUAGGAAUCAAGGAAAACUUUUCCUAAAAGAACUUUUGAACCCACAAGGGUCGAGAGGUGGUCCAUUAUGUGCUCCACAGUUGAACUUUUGGACAUGUAUCAGACAUGGCUAAGGUGAUGACCUAAGAUAUGGUUUUUCAAAUGCUUUCAAUAACCUAUUCUAUAUUUGUGCUUUCUCUUUUGAAUAAUAUUUGAAAGAAUACAGUAUUUGAAUUUUGAAAGGUUUGGAAAGUGUGUUGAGACAGUGUGCCAUAAGUGAGCAACCAACAUUUACAGUUUUGUUUUGUUUUUUUUUUUUAACAAUUAUCUCUUAUCAGUAUUUUACUGUAAUGCAUACCUUAUGCGUAUUGAAACAAUAAUGUUUGCCUGCAAGGUCAAAUACUUAAUCUUUUUCAAGAGGACUUUUGUAAAUGAUUACAAAAAUUCCAGCAAAUCCACUUUUUUAGUAUAAAUAUAUCUUCAAUGGUGCUGUUUUAUAUAGGUUAUUCAACUUGCAAUGUACCAUCUGUUACAUACAGUCAGCUACAUCAUAAAGUUAUGUCCUUUUGUAGGUAUCGUUAGAGGAAGGCAUUCCUCACGUUUGAAUUGAAAUAUCCCCGUGUUUUUUUGUUGAAGCACAACAUAGUCGCUUUUGCUUUCGUAGGACUCCAUGUAUUAAGCAAAAUAACACAGCUUAACAAAAUCCUUAGUUAGCAACACAAUUUGAUGUUUUGUAAAAUGAGAGAAAUAAUAAAUUAUUGUUUUAUAUAUGAUGAACUUUCAAAUGUUUUAAAUGUCAUUUCUAAGAAGUUUGGGGUCAUCCUCAUAGAAGGAGAUGGCAAAGCAUUUUUCAAAUUUAUGGAAAAAUUAAAUUUGCCACCAUCUUCGUAAGGCUGAAGGUUGUGAUUAGUUACUAAAGAAUCGAGCAAAUGCUAAUUAUGAAGCUUAAUGCCGUUUUAACUAUACUAACUGUCAUAAAUGAGUUUUGUGUGGCACAGUGGUUAGUGCAGUCACCUCACAGCAAGAAGGUCCUGUUGUCCACCCUUGGGGGUCAUCCUCUGUGUGGAGUUUGCAUGUUCUCCCCGUGUCCACGUGGGUUUCCUCCGGGUGCUCCGGUUUCCUCCCACACUCCAAGGACAUGUAGGUCAGGUGAAUUGACCAUACUAAAUUGUCCCUAGGUGUGAAUGUGUCGGCCCUGUGGUGGACUAGCGGUCUGGCCAGGGUGUCUCCCCUCCUGCUGCCCAAUGACUGCUGGGAUAGGCUCCAGCCUCCCGCAACCCCAGUUGGGGUAAGUGGCUUGGAUAAUGGAUUGAGAAAUGAGUUUUGCUGCAGACUGCGCUCAGGGAAAUCAGCAGUGAUCACUUGUAUUGCUCUACAUCAAAUAAAGGAUAUGUUGCCAUGUUGACGACUACGCUCCACCAUAUUGAUGUAACUGACAGCUAUACCCUAAAUGGAAUCAGACCCAGUAACUCAGGUUAUUCUGAAUUUCUCAUUUACUUACUUAGAUCUGAGUCAAACCCUGAAGGCAAAAAAAAAAAAAGGUCUCCAUGCUCAGUUUGGGUUUGGAGAAAAUGUGAUCAUGAAUAAGUUGGGCUGGGCUUACAUGUUUAGAUCAUAGCUUUACUUUGGCCUAUUUCUGCAAGACUCA